AUGACCCCAGUACUGCCCAGCACAGAAUGUGGCUCAGAACAGAUGCCCAAUGCCACAUCGGAGAAUGACCAGGGCCCAGAAUUCUAUGGACCACACAUCCCUGGAGGGGGCAUCGCUGACAUCGUGCUUGGAAUGGUGGUUGGUAUUGCUCUGAUGGCCACUGUGGCCUAUUCUGUGGGCUUCAUGAGGGACCAGUAUACUCAUAUCUUUAAUUUUAAAUUCACCGACCAUGGCCACACUCCAGGACCAGCCCACACCAGCCGGGAGAUGGGCAGUGCUGAUGGUUACCUGACCAUCGCUGAUGUGCAAGUGUCAGAUGACAGAAUCUACACCCCGCAGCUCAUCUCUGUGGAUGGGACCGAGACGCUUCCCCAGCCCAGUGUCACAGCCAAUAACUUCGCCCCAGUGGAGCACGUGGAAUCCAUCAGCCUGCAGUGCUUCCCCCCGGGGAGCAUUGUGACCCUCCAGUGGUAAGUCAGUGGCCAGAGUCUCUUCACUGGAGGCUGCAGGGAGCUGUCCUCAGACGAUAAGACACUGACUCUGCAGAACAUCACGAGGAACGACAUGGCGCUGUACCCGUGUCAGAGCCGGAACUGAGGCACCACCAGCAACAUCAGCAACCCCAUUCUCGUCAAAGUCACUUAUGGCCCAGACCUUCCCAUGAUCAACCCUCCAGACCCAGAAGACAGGGAUGCGGCCCUCACCCUGUCCUGCUUUGCUGGCUCAAAGCCCCCUGCCCAGUAGCGUUGGGAGGUCGAUGGGAAGCCAGGCCCUGCCACUCAGCACCUGGUCAUCCCUGAGGUCUCCCUGGGCCAGGAGGGCAGGUGUACCUGUGAAGCCUCCAACAGCAUCACUCACCUUUGCAGCUUAGCCAGUGGAAAGAUCCGGAUCUCAGGUGGUGAGCCCAUGGGGUCCGCUGACCUACGGGGCCACCGCUGGGCAGGAAUUCUGCUCUCAGCCUCACUGUUGACCGUGUGGAACCUGCCAGCUGCAGCCCAGCUCACCCCUGAUGCCGACCUGCAUGGAGUCACCCAAAGUGAGAAGGAUGUUGUUCCGUCUGUAUUUGGGACCCCUUGGUCACCCUAGACUCAUGGUAGAUUCAAAUCGCUGGCCAAGCCCACCAUUUCAAUCAGCCAGGGCACAGCCAUAGAGCACAGGGGAAACGUGACCCUCUACUGUGACGCCAAAGAUGUCAACAUUACCAUCCACUGGUUCUCCAACAAUCGACCCCUGCUGUUCCAUGAGCGCAUGCAGCUGUCCGCCGAUGGCAAGACCCUCACCAUCUUCCCUGUCCAGAGGGAAGACACCGGGAGUUACCAAUGUGAAGUUUGGGGUGUCCUCCAGGUCAUGAGCAGCGACCCCACCUUCCUGUUUGUGAAUUAUGGUCCUGACCCCGUCAAAAUCAAGGUGGAGUCCGGUGUACCCAACGGGGAGGCAGUUGAGGUGUUAGAGGGCAGCAACGUGACCUUCUCGGUAGAAACUCAGUCUUACCCACCCGCUGCCUAUUUAUGGUCUUUCCCCAAUGACUCCAAGCCCAUCAUGAGCUCGUUUCUCACCGCAAGCACAUUUACCAUCUAUGCUGUGUCCAAGGAACACGAGGGCACGUACAGCUGCUUGGUGUCCAACAGUGCCACCCAGCUGUGCCACAAGGCUACUCUUAAAUUCCACGUCCUUGAAAGGCUGACUAAGCCUCGCGUCGUGCCCCCGAACCAGACGCUCGCAGAGAACGCCAGCCCGGUGGCCCUGACCUGCCAGACCACCCAUAAGGGAGCUGCAGUCCAGUGGUUCCUGCGGGGCCAGCCCCUCCUGCCCAGCAAACGCCAGGUGCUGUCAGCUGCCAACAGGACCCUGGUCAUCCAUGGCCUUCAGCGCAGUGACACAGGGCCCUAUGAGUGUGAGGUCUGGAACUGGAGCAGCCGGCUGCGGAGCGACCCCCUCAACUUGAACAUCAGCUAUGGCCCUGAUCGAGUGGACAUCACCAGGGGGUCGGCCUCCAAGGUGGUCAACACCAUCAAGGCAGAGCUCAACUCCAGCCUGACCCUGCAGUGUCGGGCUGAAUCCCAGCCGGAUGCUGAGUUUCACUGGACCCUUGAACCCUCCACGAGUGUCUGUACGGGGGAACAGCUGGUCAUCGAGGCCCUGACUUGGGAACACCAAGGGAUUUACCGCUGCACAGCUUUUAACUCUCUCACCCACCUAGCCCGCUCUGCCUCAGUCCUGGUCAGAGUGAUAGGUGCCGGGUCAUCCGUCUCCGAAGGGGCCGUCGCCGGCAUUGUCAUCGGGAUCCUGGCCGUCGUUGCUUCGGCCACAGGGCUGGGCUGUUUCCUCUACAUCAGAAAUGCCAGAGGGCCCUCAAGGAGAACAACAGAGGAACCCAUCUAUGAGGUCACGACACCCGCCUCUGAAGAGGGUCACCUCGCAGAGCCCGGUCGCAGUAAGUGA